GCCUCCAACCAGAUCACCAUGAGAGUGCUGCUCGUGUGCGCUGUGCUGUGCGGCGGGGCGCUGGCCGACAUCGGGCUGGUGCAGCGCGGAAGCGAGCCCGUGCCCAUCAUCGCGCAGUCCAACGUGCCCUCCGUCGACGGCCGCUUCUCCUGGGCGUUCGAGAGCGCCGACGGCACGAGCGCCAACCAGGAGGGGUCGCUGGAGCCGGCGCAGGGGCCGCAGGACGAGCCGGCGCAGACGGUGCGCGGCCAGUACUCGUACCGCGCCGACGACGGCCGCGAGAUCGUGGUGCGGUACGUGGCCGACCGCUUCGGCUACCGGCCCGAGAGUGACGUCAUCGCGCCCGCCAUCGUCGCCACCGCCGCCGAGGCGCGCAACCUGCCGCCGCUGCCCCUCGACGCCCGCGGGCGCAACUGAGCCUACGCCCUCGCCUCACCCCCGCACUCGCCAGCUCCGCUCCACGCCCCUCCCACGACCCACGUCUCGGGCGCUGAGUAACGGCGCUCCUUUCCAAGAAAUGGAUCAUCAAAAGGUUUUGUUUCCAAACUCAUCCUGUAGUCCUUUCUGAAGCACUACAUACAUAUUUGAUGGAUGUAGAUCAUGGACCCAUUGUGUGAUGUACAUCUGUUGCUCAUUAAGAGAAUGGUUGAUCAUUUUAAUUAAAGACUCUACAGAAUCAUUUUACA